AUGGUUUUAAUGUUUUUAACUGGAAAUAACGUCUUGUCGUUGACUAGACAACAGAUAAAAAACUCGGGGAAGUUGUUGAAAAAAACGUGUAUGCCGAAAAACGACGUGUCUGAAGAUCAAGUGGGUUCUAUUGACCAGGGUAAUUUCAUUGAGGAAAGAAAUGUUAUGUGUUACAUCGCGUGUGUUUAUUCAAUGGGCCAAGUUGUUAAGAACAAUAAAAUAAACCAUGAUGCAAUGAUAAAGCAGGUGGAUAUGAUGGCUCCACCCGAAAUGAAAGAUCCUUUGAAGGUAGCGAUAGCAAAGUGCAAGGGAGUUGCUAAAAAACAUAAAGAUAUAUGCGAUGCAUCUUACUGGACCGCAAAGUGCUUAUAUGAAGCUGAUCCCCUUAAUUUUAGAAUCAGGAAAUGGACAGUGUUUAUUUCAUCUUUGAAUAGUUUUAAUACGAAAAUGGAACAAAAAGAUCUUUCGCUGCUGAUUUUAUUUAUUGUUAUAGCGUGCUCGGAUUCAAUGACUCGACAGCAAAUUAAAAAUGCCGCCAAACUUAUUAAGAAGAAUUGCAUGGGAAAGAAUAAUGUUACUGAAGAUUUAAUCGGAGACAUAGAAAAAGGAAAAUUUAUUGAAGAGAGAAGUGUUAUGUGUUAUAUAGCUUGCGUAUAUCAAAUGACACAGAUUGUUAAAAAUAAUAAGAUCAGCUAUGAAGCGUCUAUAAAACAAGUGCAGAUAAAUUAUCCUCCAGAGAUGAAAGAAGCGAUGUUAGUUUCCAUCGAACAUUGUAGAAGUACACCGAAGAAGUAUAAAGAUAUCUGCGAAUCAGCGUAUUGGACGGCUAAAUGCAUUUACGAAGACAACCCGGAGAAUUUCUUAUUUGCGUAA